UAAUGACAUAAUAUGACGUCUCUCGUAGUAGGGAGUAUGUGAUCCAAAAAACAUUGCCUAAUUUUCAAUGUAAAUAUUGUUAGUUUUACCUUUUCCAAAUUACAACUACAUGAAAGACAAAUUUAUUGCAUAAAAUAUCAAAAUUUUAAAAUUUCCCGGAAUGACAGAUUGCAGUGAUCAAGCAAACGGCCUGGAUGUGCACAAUGUAGAGGGUUCAUCGAAUAUUGAAAUUUUAAAAAAAUUGUGUGCAAGUAAUGCAGAGUAUUUUGAAACCGACACCAGUGAAAAUGGACAACGAUUAUACAUUUCUUUUAUGGGAAUCAAAGAAAAUGUGGAGGAAAUUUCUCAAAAAAUGGCUAGAGUUGCAGUACAAGCACCUAAAUUUGAUUUUGAUGAAAAUACCCCUGGCAAUGGAUACCGAAGUUUCUUGAGCGUGGCUGAAAGUGCUAUUAAUUAUGGAAUUCAAAUAAAUGAGAAGAUCGCGUUAAAACGGAGUAGCGCUUUUUUUAGAAAAACUCAAAUGACUAAGGAAGCUGAAGCUGUGGCACACUUAAUUGCAAGUUUGGACACAUGUUUUAAACACUUGGAGGUAUUAUUGUCUGGGAGCUCUUCAGGAAACUUAUUCCCAGACGAAGACCAUUCCACACCUGAAGUGCUGUCUAAUUAUGAAGACAUCAAUCAAUAUUGCUUUUAUGGACGUCCUUUGGGAUUUCAAUUUUGUCAAUCUAUCAGAAACCUACUGCAAUUUAUAUCUAUGUCUAUGGCAAUAUUUUCUGAAAUUUACUAUAAUCAAGGUUCAUUUCUCUCCAAAGCCACAUCAUCUCUAAAGGCAACUUCAAAAUAUGUAAAUGACCCAGAACAAAGAGCCAGAAGGAUUGUAAAUAUUUCCCAAAAUGCGAGUGUAGAUUUCUGUAAAGCCUUUUGGUUUCUCUCAGAAAAUGAAUUGAUGACUAAUAUGCCAUAUGUGGUGACACCAACUGUGGCAGUCUCAAGAGUUAUCAAUUUACCACCUGAACCCUUUACUCUGGAAGUGAAUGGUAAAGAAGUUGAAGUACCAGUUCCAAGUUCCCAUACUGAUACAAAGCCUAUUCAAGUGCGCCUUAUAAGUUAUGAAGUGCAUGAAGGGAUGAUUGGUGAAGCUACAACCAAAAUUAAGUGCAAGCCACCAGCUAGAGGCCUAUUAAUCCACUGCCAUGGAGGUGGCUUUGUAGCUCAGUCUUCAUUAUCACAUGAAUGUUACUUAAGAGGAUGGGCUAAACAAAUUCAAGUACCUAUUUUAAGCAUUGAUUACAGUUUGGCCCCAGAAGCGCCGUUUCCCAGGGCAUUGGAGGAGAUUACUUAUGCUUAUUGUUGGGCUUUAAAGAACUGCCGCCUCUUGGGAAGUACAGGUGAAAGAAUAGUAGCAGCUGGGGAUUCAGCAGGAGCAAACUUACUGCUUUCAACCACCUUAAAAUGCCUCCAUUUGGGCCUUCCACCCCCAAUGGGCCUAUUCGUAGCAUACGUGCCUACUGUAAUAAAUUUCGUUCCUUCACCAGCUCGGUUAUUAUGCAUGAUGGAUCCAUUGUUGCCCUUCGGGUUUUUGAUGCGUUGCUUAAAAGCCUACGCUUGUCCGGGAGCUUGUGGAGAAAUGCAGAAUAGAGGAGCAACUAGCGAACAAACUUCCGAUACUGAAAGCUUCGAAGAAAUUUCCGAAUCAGAUCUGAUGGAAUUACAAGCUCACAAAUCCCCGAUUUCUGAGACUUCAGACACUUUAACUUACGGAUCUUUAAAUUCGAAUGACGAUAACAGGAAUAUCAAAGAUAUAGAUCUUCAACCAUCAGAUAUUGAAAAUAGCCAGAAGUAUGUGUCUGAUUUUUUGGAAAAAUACGUUUUAGACUCUGAUACAGAAACUGACGGGACAAGGGUACCUGUAUUAAAACACGAAAGCGCGACUUCUUCCCAAUCACUUGAUGAUUCUCUACAAAACAGAGUUACUAAUUUAUUUACAAACUUAAAAUGGCGUUUUAAUAGCUGGAUUGCCCAGAAGGCCGCAGCCGGUGUUGACUUUGUGGUUCCAAGAAGUGCAAGCGCUGCUGAGAAAUGUUUGGAUUUGGAGAAACAGAAUAAGUUAUUGGACGAAUUUAAAUUUACAGUUCCCAAAGAUCCAUACCUAAGUCCAUUUUUCGCUGCCAAAGAAGAUUUAGAACGAUUUCCUCCUGUACGGGCUUUGACCAUUCAUCUGGAUCCCUGUUUAGAUGAUUGUGUAAUGUUCUGUAAAAAAUUGAAGGAACUAAAUAAAGACGUCCAUUUGGAUAUACUUAGCGAUUUGCCGCACGGAUUUUUAAAUUUUAGUUUGGUUUCUAAAGAAGCUUUUGAGGGUUGUAAGCUUUGCAUACAAAGAAUUAACGAGCUAUUGGAUCUAGAUAAUUUACCCCCUCUAGAAUAACUUUUUAUAGAUAAAAGGAACAGUUUAGACCUAGAAAUACUAGUUUUUAGACUUCACUCUCAGAGAAUAAACAUCUUUAAAGAUUUCUGUCCAGUAUAUUCAUAGAGUAUUUUUUAUACAAAUUUGAGGUAUGUUGUAGAUGUCUACUUUUCUGGUAAAAUAUAUUAAGUCAAUUUUAGUAUUACUAUGAAAUAUUUUGGUUGGUAGACAUAUCUAAGAAAACCCAGUGGAUUUCAAAUAUUUGAACUGUGUAAAAAUUGUCUGGUUUUCUUUUUAGAAAUUCGUAUAAUUUUGUCUGAGUACUCUUUUUUGAAGACGGGUGUUGUGUUAUUUGUUUAGAUUAUAUUGUGGUAGUACCUGUUCAAUUUCUCUUUCUUUGAUGGCUGUGUUGAGGAUCACGUUGUUCUUCGCUUUAAAGGUUUAUCAUUUGAUGAUUUUCUUAUAUUUUUUUUUUAGCUUUUUGGCAAAAUUAAUAGUUGCAUCAAAUUAUAAAUCCAGGGCAGUAUUAGGCAAGAAUUGUACUUGCAUUAAUUCCUUCAUAUACCAAAAUACCAAAGUGAACUUGUUGCGUAACUAAUAGUGAUAAUAAUUAUUGUUGUGUAGAUCUGAUUGUCAAUAUUUAUACAACGUAUUUAUUGGUACUAACUGUGUAAACAAUAAAUUCUUAAUCGAA